AAUAAAAUCACUCUAAUAACUCAAAUGCAAGGCUUGAUGUCCGAGCGUUUCGUUUAAAUAUCGAACCACUCUCUCAUCAAAUUCCCUAUGGCAUUUGUACCGCUCCACAGCUCCAAUCAUCCUUAAAUUUUCCGACCCGACCAGAUAUCUCUCGGACCCCUCUGACGAAAAGCGCUAGCAGCAUGCGGGAUCCAUACGACGUUGCCGUUGAGGAAGGCGCAGCACCGUCCGCGACCGUCGGAGAGGCAUCCUCGGGUGUCGUUUUGCUGGGAAAAUACGAGCUCAGAAAGUUGUUAGGGGUGGGAGCUUUUGCCAAGGUGUAUCACGCCACGAAUGUGAAUACGGGACAGAGCGUGGCCAUCAAAGCCAUCAGCAAGCGCCAAGCUUUCAGAGCAGGUCUCGUGGCGCACGUUGAGAGGGAAAUAUCUAUCAUGCGCCGCCUCCACCAUCCCCACACCCUCAAGCUCUUCGAAGUCCUCGCUUCCAAGACUAAAAUUUACUUCGUCCUCGAGUUCGCCAAGGGCGGCGAGCUCUUUCACAAGGUCGCUCAGGGCCGAAUCUCCGAAGAUCUCAGCCGCCUCUACUUCCAUCAAUUAAUCUCCGCCGUCCGAUACUGCCACUCCGUCGGCGUAUUCCACCGCGACCUCAAGCUCGACAACCUUUUGAUCGAUGAAAAUAUGGACCUCAAGGUUUCGGACUUCGGAUUGAGCGCUCUCAAGGACCACAUCAGACCCGACGGGUUGCUGCACACCGUCUGCGGCACGCCGGCUUACGUGGCGCCGGAGAUGCUCGCCAAAAAAGGCUACGACGGGGCGAAGGUCGACGUGUGGUCGUGCGGAGUCAUCCUCUUCGCCCUCACCGCUGGUUACCUGCCCUUCAACGACCAGAGUCUGGCCGUCAUGUACAGGAAAAUCUACAGGGGGCAGUUUCGGUUCCCGAGAUGGACGUCGCCGGAGCUCCGGAGCUUCCUGUCACGGCUGCUGGACAAGAACCCCGAGACGAGAAUCACGGUGGACGAGAUCAUCCGAGAUCCAUGGUUCAGCAAAGGGUAUCAGGAGGUGCGAGUGCAGCACAAGGAAGUGGUCGGGGAACAGGAGAGCCGAGGGAGGGGAUUGAACGCUUUCGAUUUGAUAUCGUUCUCGUCCGGGCUGGACAUGUCGGGCAUGUUUAUGGAAGCUGGAGUUUCGUAUGGCGUGGAACGCAUUGUUUCGGGGGAGAAAGCGGGGAACAUAAUGGGGAAGGUGGAAGAAGUGGCGAAAGCAGAGGGGGUGAUGGUGACGAAGAGGGAGAACGAGGAGGGAGCGAAGCUGGAGGGACAAAAGGGUAAUUUAGUGGUGGUUGUGGGCAUUUACCGGCUAACGGAUAAACUGGUAGUGGUGGAGGCGGAAACAAGAGAAAGGAGAGUGGGAAAUGGUGCAAGAUUUUGGGAGGAGAAAUUGAAGCCAGAGCUUCGUAGAUUAGCAUAUAAACCGGAAGCAGGUAAGGCGAACAGCGUAUGAGAAUUACAUGGCGUACGUUCAUGUCCAAUGUACGUGGAAGAAGGAAUUACCUUUUAAAAUGUGAAUUCUUUAUCUGUGGAUUUGUUUCUGGAUUCCUCGUGGAAGGAAAUCGCAUCCUCUAUCUUGCUAGAUCCAACCCAAUUGAUGCUGCGGGGACAAAUUGAGAAUACAUGGUCCACCCGAGCAAUGAUUGGCGCACCCGCAUUCACUAUCAUCAAUAUUAUUAACCAAUAACCAAGCCUUCAUAUUUGCUGCAUCUAUAUUUGUUUGCACAUCAGGACUAUGAGAGGAAAUGUUGAUGCUUGGAAAUGUUGAUCAAGCAUCAGGACUAUACAAUGGAACUCGACUGGGCAUCUCUCAUGUAGGGAAGAAUGUUAUUAAAGGGAUUACCUUGAAUGGAUCUAUAAAGAAUAAGAAGGUUUUAAUUCAUAUAUUGGAUAUGAAUUCAUCAGAAAAUAAAUGGUCAUUCUGUAUGUAUAAAAGAGAGUUCUCUGUAAGCCUUUCAUUUGUAAUGAUUAUCAACAAAAGUCAAAUACAAUCAUUGUAAUAACAUAUUGGAUUACAUUUUUCUAAAUCAGUAUUCACUUAUGGUGAACUAUAUAUUGCUUUGUCUAGAAUUAAGAGCAUGGAUGGUUUGAAGAUAUUGCUUGAGGAUGACCAGUUUGAAGGGGAUGCACGACAACAAACAUAGCGUACAAGAAAGUUUUUAGGAAGUGAAUAAGAUGUUGUUUUUCCACUGCAUGCUUUAUAAGAUUAGAAAUGAAAGAAUUGGGUGAAUGAAUGUUACCGUGAAUUGUGUUUUUGUUCA